UAACAAAACAAGAAGAUCUGAUCAUGUUAUCGUGCGAUGGGCAUACUUAAGUAAACCUGUGUAUAGCAGAAGUGUUUUUUUAUAAAAUGACUCACAGUGAUUCUAUGAUAACAGUUCCUUGGACAUUAUUAACAAAAGAAUUGGAAAAUAUACCUAUUGAAAUAAAAUUGCACUUGACACCUGUAAUUAAUGUGCUAUGGACAUCUGACAAACAAUUAACUUCAGAAAAAUGGAUGAACACGUCAAUAACAAGAUUGGAAGCUUGUUUAGACCGUACAUGGGAGGUAUUGAAUUCAGGCUACUGGAAAGAUGUUCCAAUAGAAUACAGAUAUUGUUAUUCUUUAUGUGUUAUUGUAAAGGCUGUAUUAUUAGAACUUCAGUGGCAAGUAAAUGCUAAAAGUUAUGCUGAUGAAGAGAAGAAAAAGAUUGUAUUAAAAAAUAUUAUUAAUCAAAUUGAUAGAGGCAUUCUAUUAGGCGCACCUCUUCUCAGUAUACCAAAUUUAUUGACAACUAUUGCUACGAAGCUAAACAAUUAUUGUGCUGAAGGAUCUGAUAUUAUAAAUAUGGAAGAUAUUUCAAUUGAUCAUAAAGGGACUAACUAUUUAAUCUCUAACUAUCCGGAUAGAUAUUUUGAACAGCCUUCGAUGCAAACAUUUUACAAUAAAAUUUUUAUGCCAAAGUUACCGGCUGUAUUAACAGAUUGUAUGAAUCACUGGAAAGCACUAACGUUAUGGAAAAAUCCUAAUUAUUUGAAUAAGAUCGCGGGAUCUCGGACAGUACCGAUUGAAGUUGGAUCUCGUUAUACUGAAGAAGAUUGGACACAGCAUCUUGUCAAUUUUUCUGAAUUUUUACAAAAACAUAUUAUUACAACUAAUAGCGAAGUUGGUUAUUUAGCACAACAUCAAUUGUUUGAACAGAUACCAGAGUUGAAAGAGGAUUUCGAAGUGCCAGAAUAUUGUUGUUUUUCGGAUAAUGAGAAAAAUGAUGCAGAAUCAUCAGAAGUUGAUAUUAAUGCCUGGUUUGGACCUGCUAAUACAGUGUCGCCUUUGCACUUUGAUCCGAAAAAUAAUUUACUUUCUCAAGUAUUCGGCUACAAAAGAGUUAUUUUAUAUUCUCCAACUGAGACAGAUAAUUUGUAUCCUUAUGAUACUAGAUUACUUAACAAUACUGCACAAGUAGAUCCUGUGAGGCCAGAUUAUGACAAAUGGCCAAAUUUUCGUAAAGCUAGCGGCAUGACGUUUUAUUUAAAACCCGGAGAAAUGUUGUAUAUCCCACCAAAAUGGUGGCAUCACGUAGCUGCCCUUACUCCAAGUUUUUCGAUCAGUUUCUGGUGGAAUUAAUGUUUAUU